AUGCUUUCGACGCUGCGGCGCAUUCCUACGCGACCAGUACUGGCAGCAACUGCCAGAAGUUUUGCGGCCGCCAAGGAUAUUCGCCAUGGGAGCGAAGCACGGGCUUUGAUGCUCGAAGGUUGCAACCGCUUGGCCGAUGCCGUCGCCGUGACCAUGGGACCAAAAGGCAGAAACGUGGUGAUCGAGCAAUCUUUUGGUGCGCCGAAGGUCACGAAAGACGGUGUCACGGUAGCCAAGUCGAUUGACUUGAAGUCCAGUCCAAUGAUCAAUGUGGGUGCACAGCUUGUGAAGACCGUUGCUAGCAAGACGAACGACGUAGCUGGUGAUGGCACGACCACUGCAACCGUUCUGGCACGCGCCAUCUUCAGAGAAGGUUGCAAGGCGGUAGCAGCUGGAAUGAAUCCGAUGGACAUCAAACGUGGCAUGGACCAUGCAGCGAAAAUUGUCUUAGAGGAUCUCUCAAGCCAAGCGACCAUGAUCGAGACUCCGGACAAAAUCAAAAGCGUCGCGACAAUUGCAGCCAACGGCGACGAGCACAUCGGCAAGAUGAUCACGGAAGCUUUUGAGAAGGUUGGCAAGGAUGGGACCAUCACCGUGUCUGAUGGCAAAACCAUGGAUCACGAGCUCGAGGUGGUGGAAGGCAUGCAGCUGGACCGCGGGUACAUCUCCCCGUACUUCAUCACAAAUGUGAAGGCGCAAAAAGUGGAGUUGGAGAAUCCUCUGGUGCUCAUCUUCGACAAGAAGAUUUCGUCGGUCCAGGCCAUCCUGCCUCUUCUGGAGCAGGUAGCAAAGGUACAGAAACCGCUUCUGAUCAUCGCAGAGGAUGUGGACGGUGAGGCCCUGUCGAUGCUUAUCGUGAACAAGUUGCGGGGUGGCCUCAAGGUGGCAGCAGUGAAAGCACCUGGCUUUGGUGACAACCGCAAAGCGAUCCUUCAGGAUCUCUGCGUGCUAACGGGUGCCGAGCUCAUCACAGAGGAGCUCGGUGGAAAGCUAGAGGAAGCUCAGCUCUCUCAGCUGGGCACUGCAAAGACCAUCACGAUUGACAAGGACAGCACCGUCCUGCUGGAUGGUGCAGGGGAGAAAGCGAAGAUCGAGGAGAGGUGCGAAGCUAUCCGUGACAGCAUCGACGCAUCCGUGUCCGAGUACGAAAAGGACAAGAUGAAGGAGCGCUUGGCGAAACUGGGUGGAGGUGUCGCAGUCAUCAAGGUUGGUGGUUCCAGCGAGGUCGAGGUGAACGAAACCAAGGAUCGCUUGAACGAUGCCCUGAAUGCCACGAAGGCUGCCCUCGAGGGCGGCAUUGUGCCUGGUGGAGGCACUGCCCUUCUCUACGCCACCAUGAAGCUGGAGGGUGUCAAGCUGGACAGCCUAGACCAGCAAGUGGGAGUGGACGCCAUCAAGGCGGCCCUGAAGCAGCCAUGCAUACAGAUCGCUCAGAAUGCUGGAGAGGAGGGUGCAGUAGUUGUGCAGACGCUCUCCAAGGAGAAGAACUUGUCCAAGGGCUUCAACGCUCAGACUGGGCAGUUUGUUGAUAUGAUCGAGGCGGGCAUCAUUGAUCCCACCAAAGUUGUCCGCACAGCUCUCGCUGACGCAGUGUCAGUCGCGUCGUUGAUGACCACAACGGAGGCCAUCAUUGCGGAAGAGGUGGAAGAAAAGGCCGCCGGGGAGCGCCCGCUGUCUCCAUACCAGCAGGCCGGGAUGAGACAAGAUGGCAUCGGCGGCUUCUGA